CAUCUCCUAAUUUCAUUUUGGGGGCGGAUACAUAUUACAUACGACUAAAGAUAAAACUUUAAAUUUAUUUUGUUAGGUGGCGAACAAUGACCAUUUCUCUAUAUACACUGAUAUUACAGAAGUUAGAAAUCUAAUCUAUCUAGUUUCAUGCACAAAUCUCCUUGAAGAUGAUCGGGGGAUUAUUCGUGUAUAAUCAUAAGGGGGAGGUGCUAAUAUCAAGAGUGUACAGAGAUGAUAUUGGGCGUAAUGCAGUCGAUGCAUUUAGGGUAAAUGUGAUUCAUGCACGACAGCAAGUGCGAUCUCCUGUUACGAACAUUGCACGUACUUCGUUUUUCCACAUAAAAAGAGCAAACAUCUGGUUAGCUGCAGUUACAAAGCAAAAUGUGAACGCAGCAAUGGUAUUUGAGUUUCUGCUGAAGAUCAUUGAUGUUAUGCAGUCAUACUUUGGCAAAAUUUCUGAAGAGAACAUUAAAAACAACUUUGUCCUCAUCUAUGAAUUACUUGAUGAAAUCCUUGAUUUUGGAUAUCCUCAGAAUUCAGAUACAGGAGUGCUGAAGACAUUUAUAACUCAACAAGGGAUAAAGUCGGCUUCCAAAGAAGAACAGGCCCAAAUUACUUCCCAAGUUACUGGACAGAUAGGUUGGAGAAGAGAAGGUAUCAAGUACCGGAGAAAUGAACUCUUCCUUGAUGUAUUAGAAUAUGUUAAUUUGCUUAUGUCACCACAAGGUCAAGUGCUAUCUGCCCAUGUAGCUGGAAAGGUAGUUAUGAAAUCCUACCUUUCUGGUAUGCCUGAGUGCAAGUUUGGUAUUAAUGACAAAAUUGUUAUGGAAGCUAAAGGAAAAGGGAAUGAUACAUUUUCAGGAGGUAUAUCCGGAAACACGGACAGUGAGGGAGCCAGGUCUGGCAAGCCAGUGGUGGUAAUUGAUGACUGCCAAUUCCAUCAGUGUGUCAAGCUUAGCAAGUUUGAAACGGAACAUUCCAUUUCUUUCAUACCACCCGAUGGAGAAUUUGAGCUUAUGAGAUACCGAACCACUAAAGACAUAUCACUGCCCUUCCGUGUGAUUCCUUUAGUCCGAGAGGUGGGACGUACCAAGAUGGAGGUGAAAGUUGUCCUCAAGUCUAACUUCAAGCCAUCCCUCCUAGGACAGAAGAUUGAAGUGAAGAUCCCAACACCGCUUAAUACAAGUGGAGUGCAGUUGAUUUGUUUAAAAGGGAAAGCCAAGUAUAAGUCAUCAGAGAAUGCUAUUGUAUGGAAGAUCAAGCGAAUGGCUGGGAUGAAAGAGACUCAGCUGUCGGCUGAGAUAGAGUUACUAGAGACCGAUACUAAGAAGAAAUGGACCCGCCCGCCUAUUUCCAUGGGCUUUGAAGUUCCAUUCGCUCCUUCGGGAUUCAAGGUCCGUUACUUGAAAGUGUACGAGUCAAAGUUGAACUACUCCGACCACGACGUGAUUAAAUGGGUGCGGUACAUUGGACGAUCCGGUCUCUAUGAAACAAGAUGUUGAAUAUAUUUCCGGUACUAAAUAGCCCAUUUCUGUAAUGUUACAGAAUGUAUGAGAUUUUUAUUAUGAAUUUUCUUUUAUUGCUCAUUGAAGGUAUGCUGGAACAUAUUAGAAGAAUAAAAUGUAUUAAAAAUUAAGAUGAAUUGUAUCGCUUAGACUAAAAAUUUUGAAAUUCAAAUUUUCUUGGAAUCUCAAUAAGAGUUUCGUAUUAUCAUAUUUAAAAAAAUAAAAUUAUUUUUAACUUAGUUCUAUUAGUUACUUUAUUGUUUAAGUUACAUAACAUCAUUCCCUCAUAGAUUUUAUUUGGAACUUGUAUAUGUUUAAAUAUUUCGAUUAUUAUUUAGGUAGUAUUAUAUAUGUGAAAGGACGUACGCCUAAACAUUUAUAAUUGCUACGAGAUGUUGUCAACUGUUCUAAAUAAAUAUGCGGCAUCUGCUUUGCAUAAAUAUGUAUAAGUUCAUAUAUCAAGAUUAUAAUAUAUUACUUAGAGUUAUUUAGAAAUUGCGAAUCACUUAGCGAAUUUUGGCAACUGUUCUUUACACAGAUUUCCUAUGCAUGUUGGAUAUAUUGAAAUAUUAUUGAUCGGCAAUCUUUAAUACAAGCGUUUGAAUAUGAACUUUCUAUUAUGGCAAUUUAAAU